AUGCAUUUGUUUUCGAUCCUGGCAAUCGUGCUUCCCGUUACAAGCGCGCUGGCAGCCGACGUUGAGGCACGAUACUACAACAACCCGCCCAAAUGUGGCGUCCAAGGAUACGACAAAGCGAGACCCGGCAAAGGCGAACGAGGAGGUCACGUACUCGGGAUAGGCAUCGACCACAUUCUGCGCCUCUUCUGUCACCAAGAGCACGACGAGAUGCACGACGGGGAGCACGAUGAAGAGCAGGGCGACGAGCACGACAAGGAGCACGACAAGGAGCACGACGCAGACCACAACGUCUUUGCCCGCGACCACAACAUCUUUGCCCACGACUACUACAACGACACCCACCAUGCCAACGUCAACCACUACCUUUCUCACUAUCAUCACCGUGUCCCAAACUACUACUACAAUAUCCUCCAUUACCACGGUCACAACGACCUCAACAAUUACCAAGCAACCGACCUCCCGACAUUCACAGCAAGAGACCUUGCACAAUUUUGCGGCGACCCAGCUGCGACUUUUGCGGCUGUGUUCGCCACGCAAACUCCAUUGCCGAGCUCAGCUGCGUCCAACAGUGACAUUACAGGCAUGUACAUCCAGCUAAAUGCAGACUCCUUCUCGAAUUUCGGGAGCAUCGGAGCAGGCCUUGACUCGUCCAUGCGCUUCGUCGUCACCGAAACGAAAUGGCAGGCUAGGAGGCCGCUCAGAGAUCCGCCACACAAUUUUGAUGACCCUGUGUUUGGGCACAAGGUGAUCUUGGUACUCGGAUCCGGAUCAGUCAGCACUGAACAGGCCAUCCAUCUCCAGGCGAUGACAUCUUUCUCCAACCACGAGAAUCUGACCACGAAUAUCUUCCCUUCCAACCACGACAACCUGAAACUCGACUCUACAUCUCCGCCUACAAUGCGUGACGACCCAUGUCCAUCAGUCACACCUCACUUCACAGCUUGA